AUGGAUCACUGGAAAGCUGCAAAGAAGGUGUUGAUAUAUAUUAAAGGAAUAAAAGAUUACAUGCUAAUGUAUAGGCAGACGGACAAUCUUGAUGUGAUCGGCUAUUCAGACUCCGACUUUGUUGGUUGUGUUGAUUCAAGCAAAUCAACAUCGAGAUAUAUUUUUAUGAUGGCUGAUGGAGCUAUUUCAUGGAGAAGUACUAAGCAAACCUUGGUUGCUACUUCUACUAUGGAAGUCGAGUUUGUCUCCCGUUUUGAGGCUACUUCUCAUGGUGUAUGGCUUAAGAGUUUUAUUUCUGGGCUUAGAAUCAUGGAUUCUAUUUCUAAACCUCUGAAGAUUUUUUGCGAUAAUUCAGCAGCUAUCUUUAUGACUAAGAAUAAUAAAAGUGGAAGUCGAAGCAAGCACAUCAGCAUAAAGUAUUUAGCCAUUAGAGAAAGAGUUAAAGAUAAAAUAGUAGUUAUUAAUCACAUUAGUACUGAUUUAAUGAUCGUUGAUCCUUUGACUAAGGGCAUGCCACCAAUAUAA